AUGGCGCAGCUUCAGGGACUCGACCAGCCAGUGCUCGAGCGCAUCUUCGCCUUCGCUGGCGGCCUCACAUCUCACGUCUGGCCCCAGCCAGACUAUGCGACCCUCAAGGCGUGCGCGCUCGUCUGCCAGCCGUGGCGGUACCCAGCUCAGUCUGUCCUCGCCAAGCACGUCCGCAUCGCCAGCCCGGAAGCGAUGCAGGCGAUCCGCUCGCGCGAGGCAAAGAGGAUGCUCGCUGAACACCAGACGCUGGUCCUCGAAUCGGUCUACCAGUGGGGCAUAGACACGUACUGGCUCCUCGACAGGUUCCCGGAUCUCAAGGCGUUCCGCAUCGACUACGAUCCGCUGCGAGGGCGGACGGAUGGCCAGGCGGAACGGGACGAGGAAUGGUUGACCUGGGACGUUCUCCGGCAUCCGUCGCUGACUGGCAUCACGCACCUGUACUGCAAGGCCGACUUUCAAGAACCCGACGAUACCUCCCUCCUCACCUUCCCCGUCCACAACCUCCUUCUCGGCUGCGUUCCGUUCGAGCACUGCCCUGCGCUACACAAGGCGCUCUUCUCUGGCUGCAAGAAGACCCUCAGCACAAUCUCGCUCGACUUCAAUCAGACCUCGCCUAAACCCGCGCUCGACAACCUGAUCGAGGAGUUCCAAGCAGGCGUUGCGACGACGCUCGAGCACCUGCAUUUCACGAACAAGCCCAAUAUCAACUUCCUAAUGUCGCUGCACUCGAAGAUGAACGCAUCCAAGAUGCCCUUCCUCUACUCGAUCUCGUACCCUCUCCUCCCAAACGCCCUCGCGCCCUUCAACAUCCUCGCCCUCGCCGUCGUCAACAACGGCACCUCGCUCGUCGAGUUCGCUCUCGUCGAACCGCCCAACGAGCCGCCCGCAUCGGAGGAAGAUCACGAGCGCCUCGUCCUGAAAUACCUCGCGGCGUUCGGUUCCCGCCUCGACUCGUUCAACAUGAUGGCGCGCAAGUUCCGCUUCCGGUUCCCGCGCGUCUGGCCGGCGAGGUUCGUCAAGACGCCCGAGAUCGCCAGGUUCUUGGACCGGGCUGGAGCGCGAGGUUGCGAUGUUUGGUGCGGUGCCGAGCAGCGGUUCGAGUCGACCGCCAAAGCCAUCGAGAAGCGGAAGGGCAAGCGCGUCGCGAAGGGCGGCGCGGCCGAGGAAGACGAGGAGGAACCGACAACUCUCGACGCCGUCCAGCGGGCCCUACAGCAGGCAGGUGCAUCAGCGUCCUCGUCCUCCCACGCGCCGCCUGCAGUCCAUCCUCCCUUCUCGACUCCGCCCAUCUCGAGCGCGGCCAAGGGCAAGGGGAAGGCUGUCAACGGCAAGGGCAAGUCGGUGGACAAGGGGAAAGGAAAGGCGCGGGCUUAG